GAGAGAGAGAGAGAGAGCUCUUAACUCUUGCAUGGUAACUCUUAAUGUGAACGUUUGUUUUUCAUUCUAUAUGUUAUUAAAAAUAUAUAUAUUCAUACUUGUUCAUAUAUACCCAGUUCAUAUAUAAGAAAAUGUUGACGCAGACAGAGAAAGAGCAACGUACAGAGAGUAAGAGAAUGUUUGAUAAAGGCUAAAAAGGACUCUAAUAUGCAGCCUGUCAGAGCAGAGGCCAUUCUUAGACACACACAUUACUCUUUUUUAGGGUCUUCUGUUGCUAAGGGCCCCUCUUUGUCUUUAGGCACACCCUCUAAUUGCCAUGGCCACCUGUUUUUAUUACACCAAAACUGUAAAUACUGCCAGAUCUGAGAGAAUAGACAAAGACAGACAAGGGAAAGGUGAAAACAGAAUUACAAGCAGUCAGUGGUAUUUCUGUGGGCAGUGGUCUUCUGAAAAUAGACUUUGACAGGAACCAGUUGUCUGAUCCACAAUGCUGGGGGCAAAUCUUCAUUUUGGAUCAUGUCCUGAGGAUAAAAUUCUGAACAUGCUCCAAGCUACAAUCCAGAGACUACAAGAACUAUUACAUUUAGAGAGAACCAGCAGCACAGAUGCACAUGGAUCAGAGUUUACAAAAGCUUCUGGGCAUCCUCUCGGGAAUGGAGAUUUAGCAAGGACCCUUAGGAAAGUUCUCCAUCUUUUUAAGGAGUGGAGUGUGCUACACACAUACAGAGUGGGCUGCUUGAGAGAAGCUCUAAACUCAACAGUACACACUCUCAUGGAGCGAGACAGGAACGCAAAUCAUGGGCACACGGUCCCAAAGAGAGAGACUCAAGCAAAACAACUGGGAGCCUCCCGAGAAGGUCAUUUUUGCAAACUUGUCUAUGUCAACGAUCUCAUUCUAAGUGUUUUGGGAGAUGUGCACAGCAUUGAGAAGACGCUGCUUUCAAUCACAAGUAAAGUUGACAGUGCGACCACCAUCAUCUCUAGAGCAAACCUGCAAAGUACAGAAGCUGAGAUAACAAGGGACGAUCUCAUGAUUCGUGAUCUCCUGAUUCGUGAUGGAUUCAUGAUGGAUUCGAAGGACAGGCUUGUCCUUCCACGGAUAUUUGAUAAAGAGCAAUGUGGCUCUCCAAAUACUGACCCAGAACACACUUCAAAUGUCUCACCCCUUAUAGACAUUCAGAAAUGUGACCUUCAAAGUAACCAAGAACAGACUCAUGCUGCGUUGGAGAGAAAGACUAGCCACAAUGAUCUGUUUAAUGAAAGCACAAUUGAUCUUGAGACACGAGGAGAGGACAACAUUCUGUGUGAAAUGCUGAAGAGCUCAAGAAUCGGUGGCCACAGUCCUCUUGGAGAGGAUACUAGAGAGGUGAAGAACGAAAUUUUAACAGUGGAUGAAAGAGACAAGAAGGCAGAGAAGAUUAGCAUUGUGGUUAUGGAUGAACAUAUAAGCUGGGCACACAGCUGGAAUACAGUAGGUUUGACAGAUUCAGCAAGAUCAUCCUCCACAGUCCUGUGCUAUAUAACUGCACCAAUAGAAGUCACAAAGGUCAUCAGAUGUAAGGCAGUGGACAGCCUCAGCUCUCUCAUGGUAUCCGGGUCAGAGGAGCUGGUCAGCAGCGUGCUCAGACUUGAAAACAUCAGCAACAUGAAGUGUCCCUUCCCGAUUACUAUAGCUGUUCCUUUCCAGGCUUUUUACCAUCUGAAUUAUCGUGAGGCUGUGGUGAAAGUGAUGGACCAACAGCAGAGGAUCAGUUAUGUCACUCCAGCAGCAACCGAGGGAUUCUAUGGGGGCUGCAAGGGUACAUUUGCAGUGGUGAAGGUGUACACUCUUGGUGUAUUUGCAGUCUUAUCCCGUUUGCAGAGGGAGACAUUCACAAUCCCAAAGAGAGGUCUGUGUCUCAAACUGGGUGUGGACUCCAGGAUAUGCCUUGACUAUCCACCUGGAACUUUCAGCACACCAGUGGUUGCCCAAGCAAUGGUGCAGCCUGUAGAUGCUAUGCUCUUGUCUUCAUUAAAGUACAGAAAUGAUUUCUGCCACUCCAUUCUCACCACUAGCCCUCUACUCUAUCUGAAUCACCCUUUAACUGUAAGCCCUCUUCGACCUUUGACCUUAACACUGCCCUGUCCUCUUAAACCUAAAACGAUGACGACAAGAGAGGAGAACUCUCAUAGCACAGCUCUUAUUCCUGACACCACCUCAUCCCAUCAGGUCAGGCUUUUAAGUGCCUCAUUGAAGGCAUCCAAAAAGCUGACUAAAGAGCAGCUUGUUGUCCUGGGCUGGAAAGAUAAGCACUGGGAUGUACUGAAUACAGUUACUGUGAGGAAUAUGCAGAAAGACCUUGUUUCCUUUGAGGUCUUGGAGAACUAUGAGCGGCUGAUAGUCCUUCGUCUGCUCUCUUCUGUAAGACCUUCUUGCUUGGUGCUCUUUGCUGAGGAGCUACAGGAGUCAGUAAGGACCUGUACAGUAUCCAUAGUCAUCCACAAAAGACUGAAGGACCCUGGCAGUGUGGUUCUGGCUGUUCUGCCCAGUAGAGAUCUGAGCUGGGGACUGGCAGAGCUUCAUGCACAGGCUUACUGUGGAUCACCAGAGCAAUCUUCUGAGAUGCUGAUGAGGGAGGGAGAGCAGCUGUUGCUAAAGUUCAGCGGUAACAUAACCAGCACAGGUGACCAGUGCACAGAUCCUCACACACUCACAUUUCACAAUCAGAGGAAGAAUUGGCUCUGUCUACAGCUGAAGGAACUGGACCCGUAUGGAAAUUACAGCUCACCUUAUUACAAAGGCAUGGCCCUAAUUUUCCAGAUCCCUAAAGAUCAGCUGGUAUGGAGGGAAGACAAAGCAGUUAUAUCAGAAGACUAUUGCUUAGGAGAACCGGUCUGUAAGCUGGCACUCACCCUUCCGAAGAAUGUGGAAACUUUAUCUCGACCAAUCGGUGCAAAAUUCUUGCAGCAAGAUCAGGCAGAGUCACUCUGUGAUGAACUGCUAGCCUGGCUCUGUAGCGAGCUGUCCGAAGAAGAUGCAGCUAUGCUGGUUGUGUGCCUUCGCCUGCGCCGUUCAUCUGUCCAGUUGGCCAGACUCCGAGCUCCAAACAGCCUCGCACUGCAGAAUUUCCACAUCCUGACCACAUGGAGACAAGCCCUGCCUUCCCUCACACCAAAACGUCCUUUGCUUGCCCACUGUCUGACUCGCAUUGGUAGGCCAGAGCUGGCUGCAGAGCUGCUGAAAAAAGGUCUGGCUCUUGACAUGAGUGAGACAUGAGGUGCAGAAGAUUUGUAACAGUCCAUGGCUCUCCAUUAUGUGAGAUUAUGGGGUAGACAUUAUAUAUAUAUAUAUAUAUAUAUAUAUAUAUAUAUAUAUAUAUAUAUAUAUAUAUAUAUA